AAAAGACAAGUCCCAAAUCCAUUCUUUUCCUCUUCUUUCCUAUCCCCAGUUGCCAUUUCACCCCUUCCUCAUGACACCCUCGCGGUGACCCUCCACUCACUUCUAGGGAAUCGGAAGCUCUUGGUUCUCUAGAAGCCCGAAAAUGUCGUCUCAAUAUGCUUCGGAGCUUUGUACGCUCCUCGUGGAGGAUAAUUUUGGCGAGGUUUUCGCGCGCAUCUUUGCGACAUUGCUACGUUACGAAAGAUUGCCCUUACUACGCCUGAAGUCUUACUCCCACCUAUCCUUCGAUCAGCUUCGCAAGGGACUCGCUGCGAUGAUCCAACACCACUUAGUCUUCCAUUUCACGUCUUACGAUGACGGUAUCACCUAUUAUGAGGCCGACUUGCACACUGCCUAUUACCUUGCUCGUUCUGGCAAAAUUAUAGAAUUGAUUGAGGAGACAUUGGGGAACUAUGCAGCCACUGUCAUGUCGACCAUCAUGUUCCUUGGCCACGCGCAAGUCAGCCACCUUGAAACGCUCCCGGAGCUCGAGCCAAAGCAGGUAAAGACAAAUGGUACUAGCGAGGAACAUGACGAACAGCAAACUGGACUCGAUGACGAACAUUCGCAUGGAGGACGCGCACAUCUUCAUACGACGCUCAAGACGUUGGCGGCGCACGGUUAUAUUAUUCGUGUUCGGGAAGCUCAUUUUCAAAGCCCCAACGAUGUCUUUCUUGAUGCAGAACGAGCCGUUAAGUCGAGAUCUGAUAUCAAGGAAAUGAAAGGAAAGAGACACGAGGAGGCCGUGAAGGAGGCUGUUACCGAACUGAUCAAGGAACGGAUGGGGGGAGAUCUAACUCAUGGAUUGAUUUACAAAGGUGUUCCUUUUGGUGUCAAACGUAGGCAUGCUGUCACAUCCUCCGAUGCAUCCAAUAAACGACGGAAGGUAGACUACACAGUUGUGGAUGGUGAUGACAUGGAUGAUGAGAGUGAAUGGUCGGACGAUGAUACACCCGACGAAACGAUUCCCAUGGAAUCUGGAUUGGUUGUUCGAAUAAACUAUGCGAAGCUGGACGUCGCACUUCGAAAUCGCCGUUUUGUCGAACUUGCAGAACGAGAGACGUCCGCUGCCACAGCCCACGUGUAUGAAUGCUUGCUUCGACGCAUCGAGUACCAAACCCCGUGUUGCCGAGAGACAGUGGAGAUACCUCGUGAAGGUGAAGAGGGGGAACAUCAUUCUGUUCUGAUUCCCCUCAAUGCGGUGGCCGAAGACAUCGACCCGCAGGUGGACCUUACGGGAUCUAUCGGCCCCAUGGAUGCUGCGCAGCCUCUUAACAGACGUGGAAAGCGACCUCUGGAAAAUGGCAUCAAUGGCGAUGACCAUGAAGGGACUAAUGGUGUCUCUUCUGGAGGGAAUCGCAUUUAUGACGUCGAUCAACACCUAUAUCUUUUAGCACAACCUCCCUAUGCCUUUGCUGGGAGAAAAUCCAUGUCCGGCUUGCCCCACUGGGCUGUUGAGUUCAGAAAUCUCGCUCGCAAACUCCGCCAUCUCGAGCUGGAACGCAUGAUCGAAUCCCGGUAUGGCGAUGUGGCCUUGCGUAUCGUCCGCGUCCUUCACACGAAGGGAAAGCUGGAUGAGAAGCGUUUACAGGAGAUCAGUCUUCUUCCUUUCAAGGAUCUACGACAAGUCCUUGCAAGCAUGCAGUCAGGAGGCUUCGUGGACUUGCAGGAAGUGCCGCGUGAUGCGCAACGACAGCCCUCACGCACCAUUUUUCUCUGGUUCUACGACCCUGACCGUGUACGCAACAGUGUCCUAGAGGAUACAUACAAAGCUAUGUCGCGCUGUUUGCAGCGUCUCAAGUUCGAGCGGAACCGACUGCGAGAUUUUCUCGAUAAAGCAGAACGCAGCGACGUUAAGGGAAAUGAGGAACUAUAUUUGUCUGAGGCUGAGCUGAAAAUGUUAGGGCAAUGGAAGGCUAAAGAAGCGCUGUUGCUGGGGGAAGUCGCUCGAUUAGACGACAUGGUUGCUGUAUUUAGGGACUACUGAAUCCUUAGGUACCUGAUCUCUGAUGGAUGAGAGAUGGAGAAAAAGGUGAAAUUAUAAAAGGCAGACCAAAAGACAAAAAUGACAUCUUGGAUAUCAACAUUGGGCCAAAAACAAAAGCUGUUUUUACG